AUUGCGCAUGUCAGAGAAUUGAAAAGGCUGCAUCGUCAGUCACGUGUAAGAGCAGAAAAUCAGUUUAAAGUCAGAACAGAGCUUCUCGCGCACAGGUGAGUUUACCUGAGGAGUGCCGAGACCGGAAACCAGACACCCGCGGUCAAAGAAGACGACUGGAAGAAAAACCACCGAAGAAGAAGCUGAGCGGGUGGAGCUGAUCGAUCAGAUGGAAGGUGGGUGACUGAUAAUCGAUCCACACGUGACUAACCAGCUGAUCGAUGGCACGCGCAGCAAAAGGUGACAUCUCAGUGACGUCAGCAAACAGGAAGUCUGCUGCGAUCACAGGAAGUGCGAGAAAGAUCAAAGACAACGCUGCCGACUGGCACAACAUGAUGCUGCGGUGGGACAGGUUGAAUGAGGACGGCUUCAUGGCGGCGGCGAGCAUCGUCAACAUGAGGCGUGCUCAGAGCGAUCAGCUGCUGCUCAACAACUCUUCAUCGCCUCCACCCUCUUCCUCACCACAGCACGUGGGCGGAGCCUCUGAGCUGCAGGACAAAUGUCUCAAGCUGCAGGAAAUCGUUGACCACAUGGCUGCUGUGGUGACGAAGAUGGCUCGUCUGAUGACAUCACAGCGUGGAGUAGAGGAUCUGGAGGCGUUUCAGUUUGGAGCCGAAGGAAGAAAAACUCCUCUGUUUCACAGCUGGAGCACCAGAGAGUUCGGUGAAAUCUCUCAGGUGCUGCUCGACUCGUUCCGUCGGGAGCUCCUCUUGAAGCAAACAAUCCUGCAGGAAGUGGCUCACACAGUGACCUCUGACCUCUGCAUGGUCUUUCUGUCUUGCUGGCUCCAUCAGCCGUUCAUUCCCACGCAGAGCAGACUCAGGCUGGAGGCGUUGCUGCUGGAGACUGGGCACCGCCCACUGUGAGACCAUCAGCCGCAACAGAGGAACGCCAGACUGAUCAGUGACUCUAUUGAUCAUCCAUUAAACCUGAUGCAGGUGUGAGCCUACCUCGAUGAAGGAGACUCACUCAGCCCCUUUUUUGUUUGAGAUCACAGGCAAUAAACUGAUCAAUAUGUGACCUGUCAUCAGCACGGCGGAGCUCACCUGUCGCCUCACCUGUACUUGUGUGGCUUAAUUCUGAUGACAUCAUUAAUAUUAAACAUCUCCACAAAGAACUUACCCGCUCAAGGGUUUGGUUGCCGUGGCAAUGUUAUGUUUGAAGCGUUUUUGUUUUUUCUUGUUACAUCACAAAUUGAUGGCAAGUUUGUUCAAACCGGAAGCGACACACCUGGUCAGACUCUGCAUGAGCCACCUGUAGUGAUGGCGUCUGGGUGCUGAAGCCCUCAGCCCGCCCUUUAUGGAUGUGAUGUGUUUAUGUGCCUGAAAUAAAGACGGAGGUCUUUGUACACAUGAAAAGUGUACAAUAAAGUUGUUUUAAAUCUGC